UUUGAAAUAUUUAUGGAUUACAAUUUGACAUGAUAAGAAUUUACAUUUAAUACAAUGCACACCAAUUUGCAUUGUUAGAAAGAGGCGACGUAGCGACAACUUGGAGACAGUGGCAAAUACCUAAGCAUGCUGCAGAAUCCUUCUAAAUAUCACGCAAAUCCCUUGUCGCACUUUUUGGCAUUGCAUAACACACAGGCCAGCGGCGCAGUAGGAACAGGAGGAGUAGGAGUUGCAGGCGCAAUCCCUACACAUGGUCAACCACAUCAUGCGCUGCCCACUGCGGCGCUGGCAGCAGCUGCUGCUGCGGCGGCGGCCGUCUCGGCAGGUCAAAGUUCGUACCAGAUGGAGCACCAGCAGCAGCACCAUCACCAUCAGCAACAACAGCAUCAUCAUCAAAUGCAGCAGCAUCAUCAUCAGCAACUCCACCACCCGGAUAGCCACCCACCGACAACUAGCAGUUGCAGCACAAGCAACAGCAGCAACAGUAGCAACCACAGCAUUAGCAGCAGCCACCACCGGGAACAGUUGGCGGCGGCUGCCACUGCGACGUCGCACGCGCAGCUCAUUGAGGCGGCAGCGGCGCAUUCCUCCCUCGACGUGGGCAAGUCCUUUACCAUCGCCGCCAUUUUGGGCCUGCAGGGCCAGCGCAAAGACUACAACAAUGCCAUCAACCUGUCCUUACACGACAACAACAACGAGAACAAUAAUAACGGUAAAAACAAGGGCUAUACAAACAACAGCAACAACAUCAACAGCCAAAGUGUAAACAACUUUAACUGUGAUAGUAGCGCUGGUGGCCGCUAUCUUAGUGGACAUCCGCACCAGACAGGAUUUGCGGCGGUUGCUGCCGCCGUUGGAGCAGCGCCUUCCGCCCUGCAGAGCCUGCAGCAGCUUCACCAGCAACACCACGCCCAGCAACAGGCCAGUCUCAGUUUCCAGCGGGAGAAGCUCAAGUCGGAUUCGCACAAGAAGAGUACGCUUAAAAACAAACGUGUCCGCACCAUUUUCACGCCCGAACAACUGGAGUGCCUAGAGGCGGAAUUUGAAAGGCAGCAGUACAUGGUCGGUCCGGAGCGCCUCUACCUGGCCCACACCCUAAAGCUGACAGAGGCGCAAGUGAAAGUGUGGUUCCAGAAUCGACGCAUUAAGUGGCGCAAGCAUCAUUUAGAACUAACCCAACAGCGUUUGGCGUUGAUCAGACAGACGCAGCUUCCAGGAACGACAAUGCUAGGAAACCCGACAAGUUCAGCUAAUGCGAGUCACGCCGGUUCAACUGAUCCUACGUCGGGACGUAGUGCAGUCUCGCCCAGCCUGCAGGAUGAAGAUAACGAAGAUAGCAAGCAAUCGCUGUCUCUAUCCGGAGCCAUACCCCCACUCAGUCGGGCGCAGUCUGAAUCGGACCUUUCCAUUUGCAAUGACUCCUUGGAUGGAGAUAGCUUUAUGGAUGGAAGUGAGGAAACCUAAAACCAUUCCAGUGCAAAGUAUUUUCUUGUAAAUAUAUAAAAAAAAUAUGUAAAAUAUGGUUUUUCAUUAUGUUUAAGGUUUUCCCCUGGGUAAAGAUUUUUAUGUGACUUGAAGUAAGUUAAAGUUGAAUAUUUAAAGUACAUUAUUCUGCUA